AUGAAAAAUCAUGUCAAAUAUUACACAAAAAUUAUUUCAAUAACAUGCCAAAAUUAUUUCAAUGCUUCUAACCCUAACACAAAACACUAUAGACCUGUUACUGUUCUAGUAGUUGAGCUUGCACUAAAGGAGUUUGUUUUAAAUUAUCAGCACAAAACAAUUUUAAGCAAUGCUAUACUAAUUGAGAAAGCAAAGUUACUUGCUGCUAGAUUAGAGGUUCCAAAAGGGACUUUACAAUUUUCUUCUUGCUGGUUGCAAAAAUUUAAAGAAUGUAAUUGUAUUCAGCAAGUAAAGCUACAAGAUGAAGCUAUAUCUAUAGACAAUGUUGCUAUUGUUAAUAUAUUACUAUUGAUAAGAUCCAAAUGUACUAGUUACCCACUUGAUAGAAUAUACAAUAUGGAUGAAACUAGGCUUUUCUAUCAAUUAGAACUAGAUCAUACUUUUGCAACCCACUGUAUUGCUAGAUAUAAAGUGAAUAGAGAACAUAUUUCAAUUGCACUAUGUGUAAAUGCAGAUGGCUCACAUAAAUUAAACCUGUUAGUAAUUGGCAAAUAUCAAAAACUAAGUUCUGAAAUUAAUAAUCUUGUCACAAUAAUUGAAAAUCUUUAUUUUUCAAAUCCUAUACAAGUUGAGGAGUUUUUAUCUAUCUCUGAUGAGACUCUUGCUUAUGAAGUUCCUAAUGAUGAUUAUGCUAUUUCAGAACUUGUAAAAAUUUUUAAGGAAAGCAAUACUAUAGAAGAUUCAGAUAAUAUAGAUGAAAUAGAUGAUAGCCUAGAGGUUCCUAUAGUUAGUACUGAUUCUGCACUCGAAG